AUGUCUUUGGUCCAGCACGUCUCUGCAAUUGAGGGUGCGGACCGCGAACCCGAUCCUCACGAUGAUAGCACCAUCACCACCGCCGUAACCAGCGAGCACUACGGUUCCAUCCGUCGCAAGAUCAGCUACGACUUUUUCCCUCCACCUCAGCCACCCAUCGAAGAAGAACUGCACUCGGGGACUCCGGCUUAUAAAGUCCCCACCGCCACGCGACUAGCCCAGGUCGCCGUCACGAUUCUGGCAUGCUGGUUCGCUGCAGGCAUUGUCUUCGGAUUCGCAGCGCUCAAGCCGGUCUUGAUCGCGGAGGGAGUAUACCGGGAUCUGUGCACUGACGAAGAACUGCGCGACGGUGUCGAUGUGUGUGUGGAACAGGAUCUCAGACUCAACUUCUUCUUCACGGUGAGUUCGAUCACAGCCAACGUGUCUGCCUUGCCGGUCGGAACCAUCCUGGAUCGCUAUGGUUCGCGCGUCUGUGGCUUCGCGGGCUGCGUGCUUCUGUCCAUCGGCUGUGUGUUGAUGGCAUAUUCGUUCUCGGAGCCCGGGUUCGACGGGUACAUCGUCGCGAACUUCUUCCUCGCCCUGGGCGGGACUUUCAUUUUCGUGCCUUCGUUUCAGAUCACCAAUGCGUUUCCCAAGUAUGCAGGAACCAUUGUGGCCCUGGUCACCGGCGCCUUCGAUGCAUCAGCAGCUGUAUAUUUAUUCUACCGUCUGGCGUAUGACGCCACCGACCGGUCCUUCACCCCCCAGGCAUUUUUUACGGGGUACCUGCUGGUCCCCGUGCUUAUAUUUAUCGCCCUUAUCACUAUCAUGCCCGCCCGCGACUAUCAGAGCGCGCAUCAGUUAGAGAUUAGAAUCGAAAAGGCGGAGGACGCGACCCGCGACGUGCACGACUCGGAUGACGACAUCGAGAGUGACUCGGAGCUCCUGCGGAUCCGCCGGGAGCGUGCCAAGCGCCGCCUCAACAAGAUCCACAAGAUUGACGAGGUGCUGGGCGAUCGCGACGAGCGGCUGCAGCGUGAGCACCACGAAGAAGAACGCCAGGCGACAAGCGCGGUCUGGGGCGCGCUGCAUGGCCAGCCGGCGCACAAGCAGAUGCUGACCCCGUGGUUUGUCCUGAUCACCCUGAUGACGGUGCUGCAGAUGCUGCGGAUGAACUACUUCAUCGCGACCAUCUACGCGCAGUACGAGUACAUGUUGCAGUCCGCCCCGCUGGCGGCCCAGAUCAACAGCUUCUUCGACGUGGCCUUGCCGGUGGGCGGGGUUGUCUCCACGCCCUUCAUCGGGAUGCUGCUCGACAACCUCAGCGUGCCCUCCAUCCUCGGCAUCAUCGUCGCGCUCACCACCGUGAUUGGCAUCCUCAACUCCAUUCCUGUCCUGUGGACGGGCUAUGUGACCGUGACCCUGUUCGUGUUGCUGCGGCCACUCUACUACUCGGCGAUGUCGGAUUACGCCACCAAGGUGUUUGGGUUCGCCACCUUCGGGCGCGUCUACGGAACUAUCAUCUGCUUUUCAGGGCUCGUCAAUUUCUCCCAGUAUGGCCUCGAUGCCCUCACCCAUGGGCCUUUUGAUGGCAACCCCAUCCCCAUCAACAUCUUCUUCGCGGGCGCUGGAUUCGUCGUGGGGACGGCCCUGGUGGCCUUUGUCUACCUGGCCGGACGGCACAUGAAGGAGGAGCAGCGGGACAUGGAGGAGAGUGGCGAGCGGCAAUGGUUGAUUCCGGAGGAGAGCGAUGAGGAUGUGUAUGGGUCUACUAGAUAGUCUGUUGUGCCGAGGUUCGAGGGGAACGGAGCUGAACCCGACAAGCGCACAGAUGAACGCUCCAGAACAUGGUUCUAGGGGUGUCGUGUACAUUGUUAUAUGCGUGUGGGUGUGGUUCUGUGGUUCUGUGGAUGAGGCGUUUUUUUGUGUUUCCGACUCGGAAGAAUAACGAUUGAUCUGUGCAUAGCAAUAGGUAGUUUAGUUUUUCAGUUUAUAUAGGGCAUGGC